GCUAACGCCCGCACUCAUUCACAAAGCUCCCACUAAGCCUUUACGCGUCAUCCAGUGCUUUUCCGAUCGUCACGUAGACUACCGGUGUAUUUAUCGCUUCGUCGUAAAGAUAUAAAAUGUUACAAGAAAUACAACUCGUUCAAGGUCAGACCAACUAUAUGGUCGUCUCUUCGGGCUAUCCUACGUCUACUGUCACCAAGAAUACAGAAAAAAGGAUUCUACCGAUUUCUACAGGUGCUGAAAAAAAUUAUGUAACACACGAUACUCCUCCAAACCUGCAGUACAGAAAAAAAGUGCACUUUAGGACUAAUCCAUACACAGGACCUCAAGCUGUUUCAAUUGCUAGACGCAAUGCUAGAGAACGUAACCGUGUGAAACAAGUUAAUGAUGGAUUUAAUGCACUACGCCGACAUCUUCCGGCCUCAGUGGUAGCGGCAUUAUCAGGUGGAGCUAGACGAGGUUCAGGGAAGAAACUGAGUAAAGUGGACACAUUGAGAAUGGUCGUGGAAUAUAUAAGAUAUUUACAGCAAUUGCUUGAUGAAAGCGAUGCGGCUUUGGGCAUUACACGCGACCAGGAAAAUAGAGAAAAUAUACCAAGUGGUAAUCAAACUAUGACUGUGUCAGAUAUGGACGAUGGCUUUUUUUACGGAAGUGGAUCACCUUGUUCUGAAAAAGCCGAUUCCCCAGCACCUUCAGAAUGCUCAUCUGGUGUUUCAUCAGCGUAUUCCAACGUGGAUAGGUACGAGGUAUCAACACAACAACCUUUGGGCCCAAUGGAUGAGGAUGAACUUCUAGAUGUAAUUUCAUGGUGGCAACAAAAAUAGCAAUAACGUACUGAUGCACCGAAACACGUUUUGAGAACCCUCCGAGUUGUUUGUAUUUAGUGAUGAGAAAGAGACUCUUUAAUAUAUCUAGUCAAAUUUUAGUGCCUUAAAGAUGAGAAUACGUGGAUGACAAGAUCCAGACCCCCAAGUUAUUGCAUAAUAUUUUAAGUUUAGUUUUAAGUGAACUGAGGCUUUAGUAACGAGCCUACCGCAUAUUGUAAAUAUAGAUAUAAGCUACGAAUAAACAAUAUUUAUUGAA